UAUUUUUAAAUAAUGUUAAUGUGGAAACUUGCCAAGGGUGGAGCUUGUUGUGCAAAGGAUGAAGCAAAUAUAGAAGUGAGAGUCAAAGACCACAUAUAUACAGCUCAGCAGGGUUCUCAGUGACACAGCUCUUUGGUCACAGUCAGCGUCAGGGAGGCCUCAGACGCUGCUGAUACAAUGGAUGAUAUAUCUAUUGAUUAUGAUUUCAAUUAUGACGACAAUUACACUUAUGAGAACUUAUCGACUGAUGAGAUCACCCUUCACAAAAAUCACACAACCUGUUUCCACGAGCCGAUCUGUGCCAUUCUGGUGCUGGUGAACGUGAUCAUCUUUGUCCUCGGGGUGUGUGGGAACGGACUGGUGAUCUGGAUCGCCGGCUUUAAGAUGAAGAGGACGGUCAACACCACCUGGUACCUCAGCCUGGCCGUGUCCGAUUUCAUCUUCUGUCUCAGCCUCCCUCUCAACAUCUAUUACAUGGCCACCACUCACUGGGUCUUUGGCCUCUUCAUGUGCAAGUUCACCUCCUUCAUCCUGUUCCUCAACAUGUUCAGCAGUAUUCUCCUCCUGGUCGUCAUCAGCGUGGACCGCUGUGUUUCCGUCAUGUUCCCAGUGUGGGCGCAGAACCAUCGCGGUUUACGUCUGGCUUCCGGAAUAGUUGUCCUGGCUUGGAUCAUCUCUGCAGCUUUCAGCUUUCCAUCUAUCGUAUUCCGAGAUCUUCUCACACACAUUGGUCAAACUCGCUGUUACAACAACUACAAAUCCCGUGAGCAUUACCAUGAACUGGUCGCCUUCAGCCGAUUUGUUUUUGGCUUCUUGCUCCCGUUCCUGAUCAUCAUCUCCUGCUACUCCAUCAUCAUCGUCAAACUGCGAGCCAAUCAGAUGGCCAGAUCUUCAAAGCCAUUCCGGGUGAUGACCGCUCUGGUUGCCACAUUCUUCCUGUGCUGGAUCCCAUAUCACACCUUUGUGCUGAUGGAACUGAACCAUAAGAAUCACUCUGGGUUUGUUCAGAAUGGACUGCAGUGGGGGACAGUGAUGGCCACUGCCAACAGUUUCCUGAACCCAGUUUUAUACGUGUUCAUGGGCAAUGAUUUCAGACAGAAGUUUAAAAACUCCAUCAUGUCCAAGAUCGAAAACGCCAUGGGGGAGGAGGGGCGAACCAUCAGCCGUUACCUGUCUCGCUCUAGCUCCGUGGACACGCGGGCGUCCACCCACAUCUGAACAUCAGGACUGGACACAGACGAUCUGGCCAAAUUCCUCAAGCUUCAAAGCAUGUACACCCAGCUGCAAAAUCUACACUCCACUUUGAACUGAGUAUAAUAUCAUUCAAAUUUCUUUGUCAGCUAAUGGAUGCAUUUGUAGUUGUACGGGAUAAAAACAAGUAUACCUUGAGUAUUCUUAUUAAACACAUUUACAGACUGCACAUUUUUCAGUGUGUUGGAUGUAGACAUUGGGGAAAUUGUUUUAUAGUUGAUUCCUGCUAUGAAUCUUAGAGUGUAA